AAACAUUUCAUUGUCCAUGCAGCUUGUUGUACAACCAGGAACGGCAAAUGCAGACGGCUUUCGUGUAGGUACCUACCUGUGUUCCCAAUGUUCGAAUCCCAACAGCCUGGUUGCGCGCAGCGCUGAAUCGCUGCCGAACUUGAUGUAGAAACGCCGCCUCUGUGCAGAUAAAGUGCACACUCUGAUCUCUUUUUGUCAUGGGAGUUGGGUCAAAGAAUGGGUUGACCCCUUUUAAGAGAGGAUACUUACAUUUGAAGCUAAAAUCACGAGCUCAGGUGGACAAUGCUCAAGAAACGGUUGAAAAACUUCAGAGCUAACUACUAGGCUUGCCCAUUCUUUUGGUGAUAUCAGCUUCCGAACACUUGCUGGGUGUAGGACUGGCAAAAUGAUAGGGCACAUUUCUUUGUGCGUGUGACGCCUUGCGGCUAUUUUGGGUGCCAGGCCUCACCCAAUGUUCAAUUUGGUGUCAAUGAGAUCCACAGUUGUAAGUGAUCUCCAACGAGCACUUCAAGAAACCCCCUCAACAGUCCCCUGUCGCGGCCAGCCACAAUCCCUCUUUGAGCGCUCUCACCCUCAGGCUUUACCUCUGUCGAUAGGUCCAUGUCUUCAGGGGCGCGCCCCGCGUGUUUCCUGCUGGACUCCAUGUGAGCUCCCGGCAUAGCGGACCGCUGGGCGCAAGCUCGAACGCCUGUCUUGAUGUCUCAAGUGCGCAGAAGGGGUCGUCCCUGUCCCCUGUCGAAUAGCCAGUGAGUUGGCUGUGGUUGGGGGCAAGAUUAGACAUUGCGCCCUGAGAAUUGAACCAGGCUUUAUCAGGUCCAGAUGUAGCGCCAACAGAGAAUCUGCAGCUUUGGUCCAUGGCGAAGAGCUCUUCCUGGAAAGCCUAUCUUGCGGUCUGCGGGGUGGUGGCUUUCCUGACGCUGUUCAUGCUGGGUAAUGUGGGGUUACCCAGCAUUAACCAGGAGGUUAAGGGUGGUCAAGAACGAGGAAGUGCGACGGGAGAAGAAAAUGCCACGUCCGUUGGACAGGUCGUCGAAGCCGCACUCGAAGACCUCCGGACGGAUCUGAAGCUGUUCCCCUCCGAAGUGCGAGCCAUAUUUCGGGAAGAAGUCAACUCCCUGUUUCGGGACGAGAUCCACAGAGCGACUGCCGCGCUCCAACAAGCCUUCCCACUAACCCAGGGUUCCGAGCUUAACCCAGAUUCCCUAUCAAGGCAAGGGUUUAAGGCAGAGAGCGUGCUAAAGCGGCGAGACCUAGGGCGGUUAACGAAUGAUAGGUUUGAGUUGACCGCGGAAGAAAAGGCGUGGGCUGUGAGGCCGGACUCGUUUUGCAUCGGGUUGGGGGGGAACGUUACGGUGCUGACGGUAACCCCCGGUUUGGAAACGCACAUCGACGAGUCGGAGAUGAAGGAGCGAGGGAAAAUGAGCAACUUGGGAGAGGCGUACGUGCAGAAGAUGCGGCGUAACAGAAUCCUGUACAUAAAGCGUCACGGCUACGAGUACUGCGAACUCCAAGCGAAGACGGAUCCGACCCGGCACGCGUCUUGGAGCAAGAUUCCGAUCACCAUGCAGAUUCUUCAAACCAGCCCCGCUGUUUUCCACAUGGACGCUGACGCAAUCUUCGUCGACAUGAAAAAGAGCAUUGGCACGAUGCUCAACGAAGCGGGCGCUUCCGACGCCGAGCUCGUAUACACCAACAAUUACGAUGGUGACAUGACAGACAACCAUUCGCCGAUAAACGCGGGGGUUUAUUUCGUGCGCGCCUCUGAUUGGACGCUCUCGUUUUUGGAGCGCGUUUACACCGACUACCCGCAGGCCGUCGAUCAUGAGUGGCGGGAACGGAAGGCGAUCCAGGAUUUCCGGGACGAGCACUUUGAGGAGUGGGAUAAGCACGCGCGAAUCAUCCCGCACUGGCGGAUGAACUCUCGUCUCGACUGGUACAAGUACGGAGACUUUAUUGCGCACGGGGCAAUGUCGCCGAAGCCUUGGCGAUUUCAGCAACUACUGAAAUACAUGCUCAUAAGCGAUCCGGAAGGAGAAGGGUGGUGGGUCAGCGUCAGUCUCGGUCAAUACGAGGGGUAGCUUGCAACGUUACGACGAUGUCCUUUCUUCUCGGGUAACAUUCUUCGCAGUCUUACGUUUGUGGACCAUGCUACAGAUGGCAGGCGUUCAGAUUCUCCACAAAAAUGGACUAGGCAUUGAACCUUUAUGGUAUCAACCUCAAUCCGAAUCACCGGACAGCGGCGGAAAGGCGUACGUUAUGCUGCACUGAAGUUUUGAAAUAGCCGCUUGCAAGUCAGCGUAUCGCUUUCUCACAUUUGUUAGAUAAUCCGAC